AGGGCGCAGAAGAGCACCGACACUGCGAGUCACUCCCACGAACAACUAUGCGGAAGUGUUCUGAAAGUGCUCUGAAAGUGCUCAGUAUCGUAUUUUGACCAUUGUUUCGCGCAUGAUUAUGGUUUGAGGAGCUGGGUUGCGGUGUGAAGUUUAUCGUCCCAUGCUCCAUCCACUUUAAACAGCUAUCAUUAAGAGUAGAGAAGCAGACAUGGCUUCCAAUGGCGCCUCUGCGGACGGGCUUCUGUCCUAUGAAACACUUGUGCACGCUGUAGCCGGUGCAAUGGGCAGUGUGACAGCAAUGACGGUGUUCUUCCCUCUGGACACAGCCAGAGUUCGACUGCAGGUGGACGAGAGCCGAAAGUCCAAACCCACUCCUGCCAUUCUGGCUGAGAUUGCAAAAGAGGAGGGCGUAAUGUCUCUAUACCGUGGUUGGUUUCCUGUAAUCUCCAGUCUGUGCUGUUCCAACUUCGUCUACUUCUACACAUUCAACUCACUGAAGCGGCUGAUGGUCCUGGAAGAAGGGCAGUCCAGGCCUGGCAGAGACCUUAUCAUGGGCUUCAUCGCAGGGACUGUGAAUGUGCUCCUGACUACACCCAUGUGGGUGGUGAACACUCGGCUGAAGCUCCAGGGAGCAAAAUUUCGGAAUGAAGAUCUCCACCAGACCCACUACAAGGGCAUUUUUGACACUUUCUCUCAGAUCAUAGCUGAUGAGGGGGUAGGAGCGCUGUGGAACGGCACGCUCCCGUCCCUGCUGCUGGUGUUCAACCCUGCAGUGCAGUUCAUGUUCUAUGAGGCCAUGAAGAGGAGGGCAGGGCAAGGUGGACGGAAGAUUUCAUCACUUGAGAUCUUUGUCAUCGGUGCCAUCGCCAAGGCUAUUGCAACCACGGCCACUUAUCCACUGCAGACCAUCCAGGCCAUUCUGAGGUUUGGCCAACACAAAUCACAAGCGAAAGGAGGUGUACUGGGCAGCAUGCGCAAUGUGGUGAAUUUACUAAUGGACAGAAUCAAGCGCAGUGGAGUUCUCGGCCUGUACAAAGGUCUGGAGGCGAAGCUUCUUCAGACGGUGCUGACAGCGGCUCUCAUGUUCAUGGUUUAUGAGAAGAUCACUGCAGUCACCUUCAAACUGAUGGGCUUCAAUAAGAAGCUGAAGCAUUAACAACAGUUAAAACUAACCAGUGUCAGCCUGCUUCCUUUACUACCUCUCUAAACUCUAUGGCAGAUCUUAACCAUCAUCCCUUUUAGUGUAGGGGCUCAAUAAUUACAAAGAUCAACUCAAAUGCCUUUUAAUUUUGAUACUUUGUCUCUAAAAAAUGUUCUGGUCACAUUCACUGUCAGAUUUUAGAAAUGAUGUAAAAAGCCUAUUUGGAGAGAUUAUUUUUUUUUUUAAUUAGAAUUCUUAAUUCUGUACAGGAAACACUGUAUGAUGUACAGUACAAUGUACAGAAACUUUAAUUUAUCUUGCUAUAAUUGCAAAGAAAUGUCUUACUUUAUUUAAUUUUUUAAUCAGUCAGCUAUGAAUUUCUUCUUUACAGCAAUUCUUUCUUUCAAACACACGAUGGCCUGUUUUGCUAGCUGUAUGUGGAAAACAUCAUGACUGUGCAUUACUGUAGUUAGUGAGUCAGUUUAGUGAGUCACGUGUCCGUGAGCAUUCAGUUCGCACUCAAAUAUGAGAGGUUACAUCUCUGUCCUGUGAGAUGAACAGUUGUUAUUAACCGCACUGAUUAAUGAAUUGUAGGUGUUUACGUGCUUGAACAUGUAAAACUAUUAGUGGUUUUUUUUUUUUUUUUUUUUUUUUGCAAGAGAACAAAAUACUUUCAGCUACACAUUUAGUCUUUUUGUCCAUCAGCACAUUAAUGGGGUAAAAGGAGAAAAAGGCAGCUUAUAAAGAAUGCAAAUUAUUGUUAAAAAUUUAUGCCAAAACUAUAUGCAAAUUUUAAACUAAAGUAAUAUGCCUAUCCUUAAGGUAAAUUUUAUUAGAAUUAUUUAGUACAUAAUCGGUCUAAGUGUACUUCAUGAAUUCCAGUGGUCAGUGUAACAGAAUAAGAACUACCUCUGACUCUAGCUCUGAUUAUUUAUGAACCUCUAACUUGUACAAUGAUUUUUUUUUUAAUCAUUAAGAAACUAAUAUAAGCAUGUUGUCUGUGCACAGAGAUUAAAGAUAUUUGGUAAUAUUCAGCUGAAA